GGGCACAGGGCAGUGCGAUGGAGGAGGAAGCAGGUGCACAGGGCAGCGCAGUGUAGGGGGGGCACAGGGCAAUGCGGUGCAGGCUGGGGGAGCACAGGGCAGUGCGGUGCAGGCUGGGGGAGCACAGGGCAGUGCAGUGGGCAGCGAGGGCACAGGGCAGCGCAGUGUAGGGGGGGCACAGGGCAGCGCAGUGUAGGGGGGGCACAGGGCAGGGUGGUGCAGGCUGGGGGAGCACAGGGCAGUGCAGUGGGCAGCGAGGGCACAGGGCAGUCAAUGCUGAUAUUCUGUCCUGUAGUUUCCUUCCUAAUGACUGACGUUUUGUCUGCAGAUGGAGAAGACCUCGAUGCCUCGGCCCGGUCCCCGCUCGUUCUUUGAGACCUUCCUCCGGGUCCUGAUCACUCUCAGCGCAGGAUCGGCAGUGGUCUUGUCGUCCAUCUCGGUGUGUGACGGUCACUGGGUCUCCUCGCCCGGGCAGCAGCUUCUAGGUGUGUGGGGCACAUGUGGGGCGCAGUCAGCGUGCAGCCCGGACAUGAGCAGCAUCAGCAGAGCCCUGGUGGGGGUCCGCACACCGCUGACCCUGGCCGUGGUGCUGGCCAUCUUUGGGCUAGAGCUGCUGAUGGUUUCCCAGUUGUGUGAUGACGGACCAUCCCCGAGGCGGUGGUGCAUGGGCUCCGUGCUGCUCCUCGUCGCCUUCCUCCUCUCUGCGGCCGGAACCCUCACCUACAUCUUCCUGCUGAGGGGAUUUGCCCCCGCCUUCACCCUCACCUUCUGGUGUCAGUUCUUUGCCACUUUCCUCUUCUUCCUCAAUGGCGUCAGCGGCCUGUACCUCCACCACCUGAGCCGCCGCAGGCUGGAGCCGCUACAGCCCAACCACAAGGGACCAUAGGGAGACUGUGCGGCCUCUAAACAUGGAGGACACAGCGCAGAAUGGAGCACAUGGUGGAUCCACAUCAUCACAGACUGGAUAUUUGCCCUAUAGGCCCUGUCCCCCCAGGGUGAUGAGUGG